AUGGGGAAGUUCCCUGCUGUGGCCCGGGAGAGGGGCCACAGACAAAAAGUGCCCUUGGGGCUUCUGAGAACAAUCCUUCCUUUGCUUUUCCUUGGCUUCUUUGGGGUCCUGGAGGCAACAAAAAUAUCGUGCAGAAAUGAAGAUGGUGCAGCUGUGGAUUGGUUUGCCUUUUAUAAGUUACCUAAAGGGCCAGACAAAGAAAGUAAAGAAACUGGGUUGGAGUACCUUUAUCUAGAUUCUACAACCAGAAGUUGGAGGAAGAGUAAGCAACUAAUUAAUACUUCCAGUAGUGUUUUGGGAAGGACAUUACAGCAGCUGCAUGAGGCAUAUGCCUCCAAGAAUAACAGCACUGGCUAUCUAAUAUACAAUGAUGGCGUCCCUAAAUCCGUGAAUUACAGCACAAAAUAUGGGCACACUAAAGGUUUUCUGCUGUGGAACAGAGUACAGGGGUUCUGGCUGAUUCAUUCUAUUCCUGGGUUUCCUCCAAUUCCUGAAGAAGGCUAUGAUUAUCCACCCACAGGGAGACAAAAUGGACAAACUGGCAUCUGUGUCACUUUCAAGUACAAUCAGUAUGAAAAAAUAGAUUCACAGCUCUCAGUCUGCAACCCAAACAUUUAUAGUUGUUCCAUCCCAGUCACCUUCCACCAGGAGCUCGUCCACAUGCCCCAGCUGUGUGCCAUGUCUCACUCACCAAGCAUCCCUGGCCGACGCAUCCCUGGCCGGCGCCUCGUGACACUUUGGUCAGCCAGGGGACAAAAAUUUCUCCAUUUUGCAAAGCCUAACUCUUAUUUUGACGACAUCUUUGCAGCCUGGAUGGCUCAGCAGUUGAAGACACACUUGUUAACAGAAACCUGGCAGCGGAAGAGACAGGAACUUCCUUCAAACUGCUCCCUUCCUUAUCAUGUCUACAAUGUCAAAGCAAUUAAGAUAUCUGGACAAUCUUAUUUCAGUUCUUCUCGGGAUCAUGCCAAAUGGUGUGUUUCCAAAAAGGGCACCAAAAACCGCUGGACAUGCAUUGGAGACCUAAAUCGGAGUCCAUACCAAGCCUUCAGAAGUGGAGGGUUCGUCUGUACCCAGAAUCAAUAUAUUUACCGAGCAUUUCAAGGAUUAGUUUUGUAUUAUGAGAACUGUGGCUAA